AUGAUAGGCCAAUACAAUGGCCUACAAAAAUAUAUAAGAGAUGAAAAUCCACAGGCAACUWAUAUUUUGUGUUGUAGCCAUCGUUUGAAUUUGGUUGUUGUGGUUGCUGUUUCAGRAGCUUUGAACGCAGUUGAUCUCUUUGGUAACAUUGAAAGACUAUACGAUUUCAUAUCAAGUAGCAAGUUUCGAAGUGCUAUGUAUGAACAGAAACAAAGAGAAUUAUACCCUGGAAAACAAGUUCGUAAACUUAAAAAAGUGUCUACAACCAGAUGGAUGUCGCAUAAAUCUGCUCUUGAUGUUGUAUUAAAUACAUACAUAGCUAUAAUAGAAACCUUGGGAAACAUUAGAGAAGAAAGUUCUGACAAAAAAGCAGCUUCAGAAAUUAAUGGAUUUUUAYUGUAUUUACAGUCCACAAGAUUUAUAUACAGUGCGUUCUGCUUUCAAAAAAUUUUAAGCAUACUUGAACCAGUCUCCCAGUUAUUACAAAAAAAAGAUUUUGACUUACUGGCUGUCUCAUAUUUAAUCAAACAAAAAUAUGAUCAACUAGUACUAAUUCGAUGUGAAACGGGAUUAAACAAAAUUCUCUCAGAAGCAGACAAAUUUAUCACCUUAAUAUCAGAGUCAUUUGAUAUUACACCUCUUUCAAACAAUCGUUUAAGGAAGAAAAAGAUAUUACCAGGUGAAAAAGCUAUGGAUGAACUGAUAACUGACCCAUUAGUUCAUUUUAAAAUAAAUACCUUUUAUAAUACAUUAGAUAUUACUAUCUCAGAAAUAAAAAGAAGAUUUUUUGGUGACGGUGUUGAUAAUAUCCAACAAACUGGAUUAUUUAAAGAUCUCUCAUUAAUGACUCAAAAAAGAAUGAAAGAAACUAAAAAGGAUGCAUCGAAAAUUCCAAAAGAUGCAUUCGAAGUAUCUAAUAAUAUUUAUGGGAGAUUCAUCAACAACAACUUACCUGAUUUACUUCAUAAACAAUAUGAUGAAGAUUCAGAAAGGGAAUCAAAUACAUCUGACGAAGACGAUGAUUAUUCAAUUAAACAAAGUGUMGAAAAUAAUGCAAGUCUAYUUCCAAUAUUUCGGUGGAUUGGCCAUCCCCUAGUWAGUUAA